GGUUUUGGUGCUGCUUGCUUUUGCUGAGCGGAGAGUUGCAGUUUGGACAGUUGGCAUGAUGGCGAGGAAUGAUGGGCGCCGAGACUAUGUGUGGGAGAGGCAUGCAUUGGUCCAAGAUUUGGAGAAGAUGGAGCUAGAGGUGGAGUUACUGCACAAGUUCCUCGUGGCCAGGGGUGAUAACAUUACAGUGCGGAUGCGGUGCGGGAGAGAGGUGUGUGAGACAGACGUCUCACAAGAGAACAUCCACGCACGCAGAUGGUCGAGCUCUGUUGUGAAACGGCUCUCCGCUUCACGGUCGAGCCUCGUGCAAUGCUGCAACAACCUGGUUGUCCACCGUAUGCGUAUGAGCUGCGAGUUGGAGAUGUUGAGGAGGUCAGUUGAGGAGAGCCGAGCGGUGCAAGAGAACGCAUCAGCGGCCGAGCGGGAGGCAGUUCGACAAAGGGAUGUCGCCAUGCGUGAGAGGGAUGAUGCCAUGCGUGAAAGAGAUGACACUUUGCGGAAGUUGGAGGCUGCGGAAGCUGAUGUGCGCAUCGCCCGGCAGCAAGCAGACACGACAUGGCUAUUCGUCGAAGAAGUCACACGUGGGGGAGGUGAAGUGGUUGACGGGGAGCAGGAAGUGUGCGCAGAAAUGCAAAAUCUGUCCAUUGCGGCAAAGGGGAAAACAGUGUGCGACGACGUCCGUGCAGAAGGUGGGUCCGGCGGUUGCAGUGCGCAGGGGUCAAGGUGCAAGUCGUGCGAUGCUAUGGUGUUCCGUCUCAAGCAAUUGGAGGGGGAGAUGGUGCGCCUAGAAAUGACGAACGAGAUCCUGCAAUACCCCACUUCGUUCUGGGAUGAGUGGGACAAGGAGAUACAGUCGUUUGUCAUUCCUGACAAAUUCCCUCCACCGCCUGCUUUGCGUUAGUCUCUUCGAUGAGAGAGAGAGAGAGAGAGAGAGAGAGAGAGAGAGAGAGAGAGAGAGAGAGAGAGAGAGAGAGAGAGAGAGAGAGAUGCAGCACGAGGUGUGGGCCGCCUUUUUUGCGGUGAAGUGGAACAUCG